AUGCAAAUCGACGGACCCCACACAGAGGACGAAGCAGCGCGAUUCCGUGCCGCUUUGGAGCGCAACCCUACGCUGAUGGAAGUCCUCCGCCGCGCCGCCACCAUGAACCUUCCGGGCUGGUACCUAGCGGCCGGCGCUCUGACUCAGUCAGUCUGGAACCACGUCACAGAGCAGGAUCCAGAGAACGGGAUUGAUGAUUACGACCUCAUUUACUGCGAUGACUCAGACCUGUCCUGGGAAGCGGAGGACUCCGUCAUUCAAGAAGGCGCCAGGGUUUUCGUAGGUCUCCCCGCGAGGGUCGAGAUCAGGAAUCAAGCCCGAGUACAUCUCUGGUAUCCGCAGAAAUUCGGGAUCCCAUGUCCACAGCAUACCUCGACCGAAGGAGCGAUAAUGUCAUGGCUGUCUGGGACGGCGUUGUUCGGUGUCCGGCUGCUGCCUGACGGCGACUGGGAAGUGUUUGCUCCCUGGGGCUUUACCGACAUCCUCAACCUCACAGUGCGUCCGAACCCGGCAAGCGGGACUCGUGCAGCCUACGAGAAGAAAACCGCAAGGUGGCGAGCCAUCUGGCCGGAUCUAAAGAUCAUUCCAUGGCCAGUGACUGUCUCGUUGAAUGCAGAAGGAAGGAAGUAA